GGUACAGAGUGUCCGCACAGGCAGGUAAAAGCUACUGUGUGUGUGUGCUUGGCGGUUCGCUCCGAUAAGAUAGACAGAACCAGUGUGUGUGUGUAUGAGUUACAAACAAGAGUGGGCUCCGCCAGUGUCUUCAAGCCGCUAAAACCGACCAUCCCGCUACUAGCAACCGGCGUACCGAAGUGCCCCGCUUCUCCACCUUCCCCGUUGCCAACAAUCAAUGAUGUCCCCCCCCCCAGCUGGGACAGCCAGCAAAUCAAACACUCGCAAUCAAAGCUCGAGGAAGGAGGAAGCGGAAGGAACCUAUCUGCCCAAGGGGACAUUCCCCGACAGACAAUGACACUUUUACGAUCAUCCCUCCCUCCCCAUCCGGUGUGGUAGCUGUGAAAGCAGUUGCAAGGCUCAAAGUCUCUAUAAACAACGCAUCAAACAGUGCGAAAGGCUAACGAGAGACCCACGAAGUCCCAACGCUUCCAUAAUAAUACAACAACAGCAAAGAGUGCAGUAGGACCUCAAUAUUCGCGUGUCCUGUGGAGUGUGCCGUUGUAUCUGUUGUUUGGUGUUCCCAUCCAGGGAAACCUCUAGCAAGGAUAAACCAGGCUGCGACAGUCAAUGACGGUUGUGUUGUGCCAAAAGAGGAAGAUCUACUAACAGCCCUUGGCAGUCGGCCGAAAUGCUCACUAAGAGCCGAUGAAACCAUCGACGGUGGCACAGUAAUGCAACAGCACCAGCAGCACCAGCAGCAGAAGCAGCAGCAGCAGCAGCAGCAGCGCGCUACGAUCAGGACGCACCAGCAGCAGGAUCAUCCGGGACAUGUGCCGCUGUGUAUCGUGCACGGGCGCACCGUUGUGUAGUGUGUAGAUGUGACCGUGCAAACCCGAACUGGAGUGUUGGUAGGCGAGUCGCGCCACACGCGGGUGCCUUGCCGUGCAGUGACAGUGCAGUCGCCCGAGUCCUUGCGCGGGCCAGUUUUGGUUUUGUUUGAUUUUAUUUUUUUUUUAUUAUUUUGUUGCGCCUCGGCCUUUGCUCGGUCCGCUCUGUAGCAUUGUCGGCGGUGGUGAGACCAUUCUCGGAAACGCGCGGAGCAGACGCAGCGUCACGAAGGGAAAAACGCUCGACGGCGUCCCAUGAUUUGCGUGCAUCGCUAGAAAAAAAAAACGGUUUCCGUCCUGCCGGUGUCCGGUCCGGGUCCGGCCAUGCUCUAGAGGUGUAUUUUGUGCGAAGGUGUCUGUGUCUGUGUGUGUGUGUGUUUAUUCAAACGGCAAAGAAGAAGAAGAAGAAGAAACCAUGUAGCCCCCCGAACUGAGCGUCUCCAGUCUGGUCAGGUGAAUAAUAGAAAAAAAAAACGCAAAAACAAACAGUGUGUAAAACGGGCGGUACUUAAGAGCAGUGCGAAUCUAGGUGAGCCAGGUGCGUCUCCACCUCGUCCUCCGUGGUGCUUGCGCCUAGGAGUGCAUAGGGAUAAAUUUAAACAAAAAAAAAACAUUGUUUGCCCUUCCGUGAGCCGGUGUAAGACAUUGAAAGCCUUUUACUGGCCCAAUUUUAUUAUUUUGCUAAAUUUGAUUUACCACUGUAGUUAGAGAAAAGUACGCACUAGCAACUAAACCUAAGCUAAUCGAGAGCAACUCGUGUGUGUGUCUGCGUGUGCGCGCGCGUACUUGGUGCGAAAGUGAAAAAAGCGGCCUUUGCAACGGGGAAAGGGUAAGGGGGGUUUAACGCAUUGCCGCACACCAGCCAGCCAGCCCGCGACCGGGAAAGCUUGGAGUGCGCGCACGAACCACCGCCGGUACCGGCACGGUGACGCCCCGGGGGGAGGCGCAACGCAGCGGGCGGAUUAUGGACAGUAGUAUGGUCGAGGAGAACGGUUCCUCGGCGAUAGGCGAUCCGCUCGGUGGUGGUACCGGUCCGAACGCAACCGGUUCGACGGUCGGUGAGGCGGUGGUAACCGUCGGCGGUGGCGGUGGUGGUGGUGGUGGUCGUGGCCCCCCAUCCGGUGUAGGAACGCAGCACCAAAGCGAGCUAAUCAGUACCUCCAACAACGGCAGCGCCGACAGCAGCACGGCAGUAACGGUGGCAGCCUCUACCGGUGAAGGUGGUGGAGGGGGCGGAGGAGGAGGAGGAGGAGGUGGUGGUGGAGGAGGUGGAGGAGGAGGCGGUGUGAAGGGAGUGACGGGCUUGGUAGCGGGCAGUGCACCGGGCGGCCUGGGAGCGCUCGGGUCCGGGUCGGCCAACAACAGCUCGGUACCGGUCGGUGGUGCGGCCGGUCCGGAGGUAACGCUAGUGCCGGCGGCGGCCGCCGCAGUCACCGCGUCCGGUACCAACAUCGUCCAGCUGCUGUCGACCCAAUCGCCCGGCCAGGCGCAGUCCGUCAUACAGCAGAACCAGCAGUCGGUCAUACAGACGGCAACAGGGAACGUGCCGCUCGCGCGCAGCGUACUAUUAGUGUGUAACAAACCAAACUCCGUGAUCCACACGACGACGGGCAAUUUGCAAACCAUACACAUCAAACCCGAACCGCACAUCGUCACCGGUUCCGGCAGCAUUAUGACCGACACCAACAGCGACGACACGCUGUCGGACGAGGAGGCGUCCCCGAAGAAGCGGAGGGACCUGCUGACCCGGCGCCCAUCCUAUCGUAAGAUAUUGAGCGAUCUCGGCGGAGCGGAAAUCGCCAACACAACGAGCGAUGGUUCCGGCCUGCACACGAUAGCGGCACCUGGUGGUGGUGUGGUGCAAUAUUCCCAGCCGGAGGGCAUUUACGUACCUCAUAUUUUUCCCAACACAGUCAUGGGCGGCAACGUGCAGCUGGAGGAUCAGUCGCGCAAGCGCGAGAUGCGGUUGCAGAAAAACCGGGAAGCGGCCCGGGAGUGCCGCCGGAAGAAGAAGGAGUACAUCAAGUGCCUAGAGAACCGGGUGGCGGUGCUGGAGAACCAAAACAAGGCCCUGAUCGAGGAGCUCAAGUCGCUGAAGGAGCUGUACUGUCAGCAGAAGAGCGACUAGAGAACGGCAGCAGCAGCAGCAGCAGCAGCAACAGGCGGUUAAACCACAUACGAAACCACGGAUCGCGAUGCGCGCGUCACCGGAGGGAAGGGAAAAAGGGGGAGGGGGGGGGAGAAAGCAACUAGCAAAACCAGUACCAACUUCUCCCCACUCCCCAGUGUGCUGCUUUUGGGCCAACCGUGCCAGCUCUACCGCAAGGUGAGCUGUAAACGUUCAUCAAGCGGCGAUCGUGUAACGUUGCAGGCGAGCGGUAGUAACGCAUAACGGAUGAGCCGAGCCGAGGCGAAGAUUUCAACAGCCGAUAACAGCGCCUAGUGUGCACACCACAUGUAUCGGGCGCAGGAAUUAGGGAAAUCGUUUUUUUUUCUUUUUCUUUUUUUUUUGUUUGGUGGGUACUCACCUCAUGUAUUAUAUUUUCGGCUCGUUUUCGAAAACAAAAGAGCUUCCCUCUGCCGAGAGGGGAAGCUACCGUAAUGUAGAUAUUGUGUAGCGGUAAGCGGGCACUACAGUUUCUUGGUCUACAUUUUUGACUGUCACACACUCACACACAUACACACUAUAGGUCUAUCACGCUGUAUACUCCCUUUCUAACGCAAACCAGGGAAGAGCUGCGUAACGCGUAACGUAAUUGUGCUCGUAACGCGCGUUACGCAGAGCCACACAUACACACCUGUUGUUAGGGGCUCGUUUCUACUUACGGAAACGACAACUCACACCCACACACACACACACCCACCAUCGCCUUUUGUUGGCUGGGAUAUUUGCUUACGUUUUGCCCUAGGGCUCUCGGAGCUGCCUGCCAAGUUACAUAGUUGGUUUUUUUUGUAUGUGUGUGUGUGUGUUUCUCGCUUUGUUAUGCCAUCUUACAUAGAAGACAGAUAGAGAGAGAGAGAGCGAGAUUGCGAUUGGUAUUGUGACAAUAGUAUGUUUGUAUUUUCUACUUUUCAAUUUUACUUUUGCAAAUAUUAGUAAACUAACGAAACCAAACACACGCGCGUUUACACACAUACACACAUGAAGAAUAGUAUAUACUUACAAAAUCGGAUACAAAACGACGACCAUAGUGCCAUUCUGGCGGUAGGUAAAAUGCUCUCAAACAAACAGAAAAAAAGGAACUACUUUUGCAAACAAAAACACACACACACACACACACACACACACACACACACACACACACACACACACACACACACACACACACACACUGCUAUUUGGCGUAACGUCCUUGCUACGGGGGUGCCGGUCCAUUCUAGGCUUGAACCCAUGACGGGCAUCUUAUUGAGUCGCUCGAGUUAAAUGGCUGUACUACGGGACCGCCCCCAUAUGAUUUGAAUUGCUACAAGCAAAACAAAAACAAAAACAAAAACGAAACUAAGCAAAGCAUAAUACAAACCUUGCGUUGUAACGGUUGUACACAAACAAACGUCCUUAAAGGAUGUAACACCUAUAAUAAACCCGCUCCAACGAAAAACAACCACACACACACCUUCGCAUGCGUUACAUGAUAACGGCAACAAAAGGUACCAAAAAAAAAACAGGAAUUUGAAGCUGCGUAUUUCGUAACGGCCGUCAACAAGCGUGGAAAUUGUGGAAUUGAACGUUGAGUUCUGUUCGUUAGAUGCUUCGCUCGCAGCAGACCCGAUGUGUGUGCGUGCGUGUGUGUGUGUGUGUGUGUGUGUGUGGGUAGCCUGUCGUUUCCACUCGCCGAGCCCGAGAGUGUUGUGUAGCAGUGUACUUGUCUAUUUGUUUCUGUGCGUUGCUGUGUAGCGUUAUGCAAAAGGAAUGCCCCUGUACAGGGGGGCGAACAAGCGUUACGCGUGGGUACGGUGAGAGCAUCUCAAAGAGAGAAAGAGAGCAUGGCGAGGCGCAAGAAAGGAGAGAUAGUAGAGGAGUUAUUUUUAACGAAAACAAAAACAAAACAAACAAACAAACAAACAAAAAUACAAAAACCGUUUAACUAAGAAGUAUAUUAUGUAUUAAAUGCUGUGCAACGCCGCAUGUUAUGCUGUUUUCUGUGUAAAAAGUGCGCCAAUCGUUUGUUUGUAAGCCUCUCAAAUUUACAAACGUUACUUUAUCCCUCCCACCACUUCAUGGCCCAUUCAAGCGUUGUUUUCUCUGCUCUAAAAUCUAAAAAUGGUGCUGCCCUUCUCAAACAAACGAAAACAAAUAGUGUCACACCGGUGAGCGGUGAAGCCAGCAAACAAACCUACCGUACAGUAAUGCGUGGGAAAAUGGGAAAAUAUGCAGGAAGAGAAUUGCCGUUUAUUUCAACAACAAAAAAAAAAACAAAACAAAACUCCCCGAGCCUGGGUGCGCGAGAGAGCCAUAGGCGGUAUGCUGCGUGUGGUGUGAGGCAAGACGUGUCCGUCAUCCAAAUCGGGCUUAAUUCGUUAGUGAUCAAGUUUUAGCGUUACGUAUUUUUUUUUUUUUGGCUAGUUGUUGCUUACCAUAUUAGUCUGUAAUGAAAAGAAGAAGAAGAAAAAACAAUCUUAUUUCCCACAACGGGGUAGGCGUGUUAGUUAUAUUAAACUUAUUAUUUCGUUUAAUUACGUUUAAUGCAGAGCCCGGUUUGGUGGGCGGUUUUCGCGGUACCGUAUAACGUUAAAUAUAUGUAUAGCGUUAGGAUUUGUUUUCGUCCGCCCUGUGCAUAUAUGCCUGCUCCCAUACCAAUGCCCAUCGUCCGACACAACGCAAGUGCAAGCGCAAGCCUACAGUUGAUUGUGAAAAUGUUACAUAAAAUCCCGCAACAAAAACAAAAAAAACAAACAAACAAACAAAGUUUUGGUUUGCUCUCCCAUUUUCGGUAGCGUUUUUCUUUUUUUCAUUUCGGCAGGGACAUGGGAAAUGCAAAACAAAAAGGAAACAAAAGCCCGGAGCGAGGAUUUUUCUUUUAAAAGGAAGUAGAAUAAAGCUGACAUUACAAUAUAUACAACUGGUCCAACAUUAUUCGUG